AUGGUUCCAUUAAAUUCCUAUUGCUUUGUGGAGGAUGCCGCGUGUGUCAUUAUCCGCGAGGACGCCGUGCGCAGUAUCCGCUCUGCUGGAUGCAAGCCUACCGAAGAGCAAUGCAAUAAGGAACCUAGUCUUAUGGAUCGGUUGUUGUUGUUUCUGGGUCGUUCGCUUGUCCUCACUAGGCGUACUCUCUACGUACUUUUAUGUGUGACAUCAAAUGCAACUUCCAGCAGCUAUGAUUCUGUUGGCGGCGACGACCCGUGUGGCGAUGCCGCAGGCUUUGUUUCAUGCGGGCCAGAGGCAUGGAGGCUCAUUGUGUGUCUCAGUACGAAGUUAUGGGAUCUAGCGCGCAGGCUUGAGGUGCAAACUGUCCCCAUCGUGCUUCCCUGGAUGGUUCAAUCUCAGUCUCCUGCCCAUGUAGAAGCAAACGACUGGGCUCCCCACUGGAGCCACUGCGUGCUUAAAGCACGGACAGCUGUGAUACGCCACUAUGUGUUAACUGCCAGAUUGAAUCUAUGGUGGCCCGCCAUGGAAGACGCUGAGCUCGCAACUGCAGUCCCGCUUAUUGUGGAUGAUGGUUCAUUUACAGACAAAGAAACCUGCGCUAUAUGGCCACGGCACUGCCAUCUGAGUCCACUCUAUACAGAUCCGCCUACUUACCACAUGAAGGAUGCCACACCUGGGAUAGUGGUGAAUGGCCACAGUUCACAUGAUGCUGCUUCAACUACGCCCGAGGGAAUGUGCAACUACUCGGCCUCGUCGCGGCAUGCGAUACAUGUAAACGGACAUAUUGCAAAGCAAGAAGAUGUUGUAGAGGUCCCCACCGUGACAGCUGGUUUCACAGGAUCAGCAGAGGAUAAAAAAGAUGGCCCUGGCUUCAAGUUCAAGUAUACAGUUGUCGCUGGGACAUUUGACCGACUGCAUGGUGGCCACCAGUUACUGCUGGCUGCGGCAAUGUUGGCCUCUAGUGACGCAGUGGGUUUGGCUGUUACCUCUGGCCCUAUGCUUGAGAAGAAGGCAGCAUCUCCUGAGGAUGCGGCAGCAGCCGGCAUCGAGCCGUUUGCCUACCGGCUUCACGCUGCGGCUGCCUUCCUGCAGCUCGUUGGAGCCUCUGCAGGUCGUGAGCUUUCUAUUAGGGGUUUCAGAGAGGCCAUUCAGGAGGAGCAUGGAAGCGUGUCUGCCCAACCCCAGUUCAAAGAUCCGGAUUUGGGAUUGCUGAAUACGUUUAGUACGGGGUUGGAGGCACUACCACCAGUUGUCGAGUUACAUUCAUCAACGAGGCGGGCGCAGCUACAGAUCUUCAGAAUAACGGACCCGGUGGGUCCUGCCGACCGGCUCGCCUUUGACUGCCUGGUAGCUUCGCCAGAGACCCUGAAAGGGGCCCAUGCAGUAAACUCUAUUCGCAAAAGGCUGGGAUACGAUCCCGUAUUUGUCCUCACGGUGGAAAUUGUGCCGAUAUUCGCCGAGGUUGCUCCACACAUUGCUGCAACACUUACGGCAAGCUUGCCUUCCUUCCUAAAUUGGAAGGGAAGGCUAGAUGAAACUGAGUCUAGCGUCGAGAGCUCAACGGAGGCCGAGGCACGUGCAGACAAUGUGGUGCAAGCAGACCGUCUGGUGGCAGGAGAUGCCAAUGGGGAUGCCUACCCUCUCGUAUUUCAAGUAGCCGCCGAAUCUUCAGGCAAUCUGGUGGAGGCUAGUCGGAGGAAGCUGGGGUCUACUGAAUUGCGCAAGAGGCAGCUGAGCUGUUUGCGAUGCAGAUCGAUUGUAUGGUUGUACACGCGGUUUAAGGCGGCCUGGAAGUGGUUAGUAGGAUCGUUGAGUGGUGAGCAAGUGGCCUCACGGGAGUCCUCUGCCGUCAUGUGGAGGCUUCUCUGUGCUGAACACGCAGUACCAUGGAGAAGGCUGCAUACUCUAAGUCGGCUGGAGCGGGCCUUGAAACGGCUGGAUGAAGUCAAGUCAUCUGCGCGGUCUGAGCCAGUUGUGCUAUGUUUGUUCUUGGGUUCGCUGUUGGCCUCUCCCUGCCGUUAUAUUAGUUUAAAGAGAGUUUCUUCUCCAGGCUACAGCUGCAGCUCACAAGCAGAAGAUCAUUGCGUUUCCACCUGUACUGCUGCCACUUGGAGCUGCGAUUUGGAAAAUGAAGCGUGGGAGAGGUCCGUAAGAGGCCUGGUGGCCGAAAUUAAGUUGGCUGCAAAAGCAACACCAACACAGGCUCAAGGGCAAAUAAACGGACCGUCUUCAGUCGGCAGCGCGUCGCCUGGCAGCGUCGGGCUCGAGGAACGUUGUGCUUUGCUUACCUGCCUUCUUUGGAAGCAGCGCGCCGCCUCUCUUGCCACAUUGGCCCCAGCAUCCAAUAUAAGACGCACUUUGCAUGAGAACACGUUGGAGGAUCGAGCCGACUGGGAAAGAGGAGAGUUGGUACGGGUUAUACGCCGCUUGGAGCAGUUAGAGUGCACCGGUAGCGCUGUAAUGCAGGCGACGCAACUGCGAAACCUGCGAGAGGAAUACUUUUUUGUAGAAGCCGGUAUUUUCACCAGAUGUAGAGCACUUCAGCUACAGGAGUUGCUGACGGAUACAAGCACCUUCGACUGCCUGAAGUUUGAGGAGGUCCAGCAGGCCAGGGCCAACGUUGAACAUGAGCUUAAGGCACUAAGCAAUGACGACAGCACAACGUGCUGA